CCAUCAAACCCAAAAGAAGAACAACAACUGCAGAAGGAGCACUGCUUUCGCUGCAGUGUUGGGAUUUCAAGGGAGAAUCUGAAAGUUGUUGAUUUUUCUAUGGGAUACGGGGUUAUAUUCUCGAGUUUGAAUGAAACGUAUGAUAGGAGUAUAGGGUUGUGUGUGUGUUCCAGUAAGGGGCGUAACCCGCCAACCAAAACCCGAAGAAGAAGAAGAAGCCUGUCGUAAGCGUUACACAUAAGACGGAAAUGCUGACGGCAUGGUUGUUACAUGCUCUGGAGAAAUGUCUCAAGUAAAGCGAAAGCAACCCACUUCGGCUGUUAGUGCAAGAUCAAACAAGCAAACUAAAUGCGAUAAAGGAAAAGCCAGAGCUGGCGAGAAAAGGAAAUACUUCUACAAACACAUGGAACCUAAACCGAAAGAAACGAAGAAAAACUUAUUUCUCCCGCCCAGAGAUGCUGCUGAGUUUUCGGCGAACUGGAAAAGCCUUCUUGUGGUGCUCCACUCAGCAGAUAAUUCAAAUGCAAAGAAGCUUCAGUUAUUACCAAUUAAAGAAUCUCACAAAGCUGCACAGAGCACCAAUGACGGCACAAAUAAACCAGGACAUAAAGACUUAAAUAAAUCAUUAAACAGGUUAAGAACGAAGGUAUCCGAAGUGGCUGGAAUGGAACAAAGUGGGAAUCAUCCUAAACAGCACAAAACUGAGAAGAGAAAAAUGAAUGAUGCUGAGGGAGGACACAAGAAACAGACAGACAAAAGGAAGAAAGUUGAAGAGGUGGAAAAGAAGCCAAGAGAGCCAGAUAUCUGGUUUGACGACAUCGACCCUGAGGACAUUGAGGCCGCUCUGGGCUCAGAGGCUGCUAAUAUUGUGAGGAAGAGGAAUGGAGUAACUAAAGCAGAUGCCAACAUUACACAAAGGAGCACGGAACAGUUGCUGGUCAAGGGGAGCACUUGUGAUGGAUUGACACGGACCAUUGCUAUGGAUUGUGAGAUGGUAGGAGUGGGGCCUGGAGGAGAGGAGAGCAUGUUGGCACGCGUCUCCAUUGUCAACUACUUUGGCAAGUGUGUUUAUGACAAAUAUGUUAAACCAACAGAGAAAGUCACUGACUACAGGACAGCUGUGAGUGGGAUUCGGCCUGGUGACAUUGAACACGGGGAAAACUUCAAAAUAGUCCAACAGGAAGUAGCUAAGAUUCUGGAGGGACGAAUAUUAGUGGGACAUGCCAUCCAUAAUGACCUGAAGAUUUUGUUACUGGAUCACCCAAAAAGAAAUACAAGAGACACUCAGAAGUACAAACCAUUUAAGAAGAUUGUAAAGAGUGGACGUCCAGCGCUGAGGGUUUUGUGUCAAGAGAUUCUGAAUGUGAAAGUACAGCAGGGAGAGCACUCGUCUUCCCCUCCAAAAAAUAUUGGAACGGCAGUGCCCAUUCUCUUGGUUUUGGAAGGCGUUGGGGUUUGGCUUCAGAAGAAAUGGACAUUUCAGCUUUCAUUACCUGAUUACAUCUAGAUGUGUUAAACAACUUAAAACGUCCAGGAUGCUCAGGCUGCCAUGCGUUUGUACACACUGGUGAAGAGGAAGUGGGAGGUGGAGCUUAAAGCCAGCAGAGGUCAGACCAC